AUGACAGCAUCGUCAUCAACAUCAUCAGCUGCCGCAGCGAAUGCAACAGACUCGUCCGCUUCCACCAGCACAUUCAUCGAGUCGUCUUCGGCAUACCAUGUUGGCAAGUCGGAACGCAAUCACGACAAUGAUGAGAACGAUGACGAGGAUGACGACGAGGAUGACGACGAGGAGAAGCUGUUCGCCGAACUCGAUCGAGAGCUCGACAUGAUGGAAGACGAGUCCAACUUCGGCGAACACAACGGCGACACAGUGGCGAGCUUCGACAUGGCCGAAUUCAGGGAGCGCCGCAUGGAAGAGCUCCGGCAAGAAAUCGCAGCACACAAAUCCACCUCCGAUCCGUCCACGCACGAGCACGCGCAGCACACGUCGACCGCGUCGAUGAAAGGCCUGCUCACCGAGAUCACCAACGAAAAGGACCUGAUCCAGUUCUCGUCGUCCGAGCGCCAGGUCGCCAUCCACUUUUUCCACCCCAAGUUCGAGCGCUGCUCGCUGCUCGACCGCCACCUCACUGUGCUCGCGCGCCUCCACCCGUCGACGCUGUUCCUCAAGGCAAACGUGCUCAACUGCCCCUUUCUCACCGCCAAGCUCAAGGUCUCGGUGCUGCCGUGUCUGAUCACGUUCAAGGAUGGAAUUAGCAAGGACAAGAUGAUUGGCUUCGAGGAGUUAGGCAACUCGGACAAGUUUUCCACAGGCGCGCUCGAGUGGAGGCUCGGACAGAGCGGCAUCGUUGACCCGAGGGAGAACAGGAAGCCUAUCUUUGGGUUUGCAGAGCAGAAUGGCGGCGGCGAGACGGUCGGCAAGGGUGUGGUGGGCGCGAGGAAGGAGGAUCAAGAUGAUUUCUGGGAUGAUGAGUAA